AUGGAGAAGAGGAUGUUCAAGCUCCUGUUUUUCACAGGAAUCAUCCCCCUCGUCCUGUCUGUGUCUCGUAACUACUAUCUGAUCCAGCAGAGGAAAACAUGGAGUGAUGCUCAGGCUUACUGCCAGGCCACUCACACUGACCUGGCUAUCGUUAAAAGUAAUGAUGACAUGAUCCGACUUCAGAACGAAGCACAGAGACAACAGUUCAAUUCCAGCGCUUGGAUUGGACUCUACAAUGACGUCAACAGCUGGCGCUGGUCCUUUGGAAAUGAGCCUCUGGGAAGUAUGAACAAAUGGGCUGCUGGGGAGCCUAACAACUGGGAAGGAAACCAGGAGUGUACUGUGAUAGCUCCUGGGGUUUGGUAUGAUAAAGCCUGUACUGAAAGAUAUCCGUUUGUGUGCUUUGAUGGUGAGGACUGA